UGUAGAAGAAAACCUUGUCUUAAUAAUGGAGUGUGUAAAAAUACACGAAAUUCUUUUAUCUGCAACUGUCUACCUGGUUUCACAGGACGGGUAUGCAAUAGGGUUAACGAGUGUGCUAGUAAUCCUUGUGUCAAUGGUGUCUGUAUCGAUCAGGUUAACAUGUUUACUUGUUCCUGUAAUCCAGGAUUUAAUGGAACUCUUUGUGAAUCAGAUAUAAACGAGUGUGCUAGUAAUCCUUGUGUCAAUGGUGUCUGUAUUGAUCAGGUUAACAUAUUUACUUGUUCCUGUAAUCCAGGAUUUAAUGGAACUCUUUGUGAAUCA